UGGUUCGCAAUUUUAUGGUUGUAAGUAGUGCCAAGUGCUAACCGAACCAAACUGAGCCCACUCGGCCGAGCCCAUUCUUCGCCCCUCCCAUUCCCCAUUACGAAAGUAGUUCGGAGCUAGCUUUUUUUUUUCAGAGUAGUGAAUUUGGGUUGGUUCAAAAUGGUGUCUUUUUUAGCCUUGCCUGCUAUUUUCACACCUUCCUUUUCUCUCUUCUCCAGAGCUUCGUUUCCAGCUCCCCCAUCCUCGCUUUUUCACAACCGCUUGGGCAGGUUUGGUGUCCGGAGCAGUUAUGCCGAAACAAGACUCGACGAGGAUUCCAACUCUGCUGCAAUAGAUGUUGUGGCUGAUGUUAAAACUGAAAGGGUUGUAGUCUUAGGUGGCAGUGGUUUUGUAGGUUCUGCUAUAUGCAAAGCUGCAGUAUCCAACGGCAUCGAAGCCAUUAGUGUAAGCAGGACAGGUCGCCCUGCUUAUCCUGGUUCAUGGGUAGAUCAAGUUUCUUGGAUACCAGGGGAUGUUUUCUACUUAAACUGGGAUGAAGUACUUGGUGGGGCUACUGCAGUGGUUUCAACCAUUGGGGGUUUUGGCAGUGAGGAACAGAUGCAAAGAAUUAAUGGUGAAGCAAAUGUUGUUGCUGUCAAUGCUGCAAAGGAAUUUGGGGUACCCAAGUUUAUCUUGAUAUCAGUGCAUGAUUACAAUCUACCAUCGUUUUUGCUUUCAUCUGCAUACUUCACAGGGAAGAGGAAAGCAGAAUCAGAGGUUCUCUCCAAAUAUCCCAACUCCGGUGUUGUGUUAAGACCAGGCUUCAUAUAUGGGAAAAGGAGGGUGGAUGGAUUAGAGAUUCCAUUGGAUCUAGUAGGGCAACCAUUGGAGAGAAUUCUAAGUGCUACCCAAAAUCUCACAAAACCGUUGAGUUCUCUUCCAGCCUCUGAUCUGCUCCUGGCCCCACCAGUUAGUGUUGAUGAUGUUGCACUAGCAGUGAUUAAUGCAAUCACAGAUGAUGAUUUCUUUGGCAUUUUUACUAUUGAACAAAUCAAGGAAGCUGCAGAAAAGGUCAGGGCGUGAAAUAUGCCUUGUGUAUGUAUAUAUAUAUAUAUAGAACAGAUAAAAUAUACAUGCAUCUCUGUAACCUUGUGACCCCCUGUUGGGAAAAUUUAAAUUGUCGAGCUAUUUGUACAAAUUUUCUCGAGGGACAAGAUUUAUAUAUAUGAUAUAUAAUAUAGUUUUCCCUAA